UAGAGAAACGUGGAUAGAAAGAAUAAAAAAUGGACAAAAAAUAUAUAAAUAAUAAAACAAUAAAGUACUAAAUAUAAGGAAUAGAGAACGAUGGCCUGAAAAAUAAAUACAUAGUUAUGAUUAUGUCCCCAUCCAGACCCUCAUCAAACACAUUUUAUUAUUUUACCGCCACAUUCAAUCAUGCAAUAGUGUAAUUGUUCUACAGUAUACAUGUAAACACUGAAUAAAUCCACUGAGAGAGAGAAAUUUCAGUUGGUAUUACUACGAGAAGAAGAACAAAAUGUGUUACCAUUACGUUCAUAGCUUUAAUGAUCUGUGCUGUACGGCUUUCCAUACAAUACAUAAUACACAACGUAUUCACAUUUAAAGUUCCAAAGAUGACAUCAAUGAAUCUUGCUAUGCGGAAGGUAAACAAACAACGAAGGGCAUAUAUGUAACAAUUGCGCAAACUCACACGUCCUUACAAAGGAUUUCAGAUCACAUGAUAUUAUUCUAUCGACAACCUCAACCAUGUCUACUGAUGGGAAAAACUGCAAUGAUCACCCGGAAAUGCCAAUAGAUUUUUUUUGUAUACACCAUGAUGUUUUAUGUUGUGGAACAUGCGUUUCUAGUAACCAUAAAACAUGUCAAAAUGUAAUGUCGUUAGAACUUGCAUCUAAAGAUGUGAAAAGAUCUGCAUUAUUGACCGAUGUUAGGCAAGAGACUAUUCAUCUUACUAAGGUGUUAGAGCAGUUAAACAAUAACAGGGAGGCAAACAUUGACUCCCUUACAAAACAGAAGGCACAUAUACUCCAUUAUCUGGGUACAAUAAAAGCGCAAAUACCUGCGGAAAAAAUUGAUGAUUUAGAAAAUGAAAUGAUAACCGAAUUAACAUCUCUUCAGAUGAAACAUGAGUCUGUUAUCAACGAGGAAAGGAAAGAAAUAUCAAAGUUAUCGACAAGAUUGAAGGAAAGUGAGAAUUACAUUUGCUUUCUGGAGGAAAAUGGGUUAGAUAUGCUACUUUUUGUAACUUUGCAUCAACAGGCCAUUAAUCUACAAAGAUUCGAGGACAAAGUUCGAGAUAUGAUAUCCAACAUUCAAGAAAUUAACGUAACAUUGGAAGAAAGCCAAAAUAUGUCCCUAGAACCAUUUGGGAAAGUAGAAACUACGACCAGACCAUGUGAAACCAAGUGGAAUGAUAACCCAAGGAAAUUACAACAAGCACAAAGCUUUAUCGAUAAAUCCAGAGGAAUUGUAGGAUUCGAAAAGGAAAGCGAAAUAACUCUAAAGUCUGGGGUAAAGUACGAACUUUACGGUGUGGCUGUUACUAGGGAUAAUAAUUUACUGCUGAGCAAUUAUCAAUACAAUCAUCCUAAACUCUUUGUUUACAGAAAUUGCAAGGAUUUUCAGACGGAAAUCAAGUUUUCUAGCAGACCGUGUGGUGUCGCUGUGAUACCGGAAACAGAUACAGCAGUUGUUACACUACCUGAGGAGAAAUCAGUACAGUUCGUUAACACUACAAACUUCACACUCGAUAUGAAAGUUGAUGUUGAAUUUAAUUGUUAUAGCAUAACUGCUGUAAAAGAUCAAAUUGUCGUAGGAGGAUUUUCUCGAAUCAAAAUACUGAAGAUUGAUGGCUCCAUUUUGCAAAAUAUACAUUUCCCCGACUCCAGAUACCCGAUCUGUUGGCGUAUUUUGUACGAUAAAGUAACACGGCACAUAACAGUCAAGACUGAUUAUCACCUAUACUGUAUAAAAUCAGAUGGAACACUCGUUUAUACGAUGGAUGGAGCGGGAAUAAGAGGAAUUUCUGCUGACCAACAGGGAAAUAUCUACUUUACAUACAACAGGACAGGAAAUAUCAAUCGACUCUCUCUGGACUGGACAUCCAUGGAAGAGGUUCCGAACAAAAACCAUGGACUUGACUCUCGUUCUGGGGCUAUGUCCUUUAAUAGAGACUACACUGAACUGUUUGUCAUUAACAAAAUGGAUGGCAAGUCUGUGCUUGUGUACAAGUGCAUGUAUUAGAAAAUACAUAUUAUAAUUAGUUUAUUACCACCAGACUAAAAAUAGAGAACAAUAAACCAGCGAAUUACCUCAAAGGAAACUUAAAAUAACUCUAAUAUAUUAUAUGUUGAUAAACAAUUAUAUUAUAAUAUUAUAUUGAAUUUUUAAAUGUAUUCUGUAAUUUUGUUUUAAAUAUAAUUAAUACGCCUCAUGUGUAAUGAUACAUGUAUUGGAAAUACCAAAUUAAUCGUGUAAACCAAGCUGUUAGGUUAAAAUAUCAAAUAUGUCAUACACUAUGUGUAUGAUGCUAAAAUGUAUAUGUAUACUCUUAUUCGUAUAUUAAAUAAAAGUAUCGAGGUUCAAAAAGUCUAAUUCUAAGGUGUUUUUUUCAGCAAUGAAGGUGUAUAUGACAUUUUAUUUUACAACAAUAUGAAUCAAACAAAAUAUGAUUUGUUGAAGUUCGUGAUGCAAAAUCUAUUCACAAAAUCAAAGUAACUUUGAGUUGAAGAACAGAAGUAAAAGCACGUUUCCUUUGCUUUUUAUGUGUGUGGGUUUUUUUUUACUGAUUUUGUGUCUUAGAUGGAUACCCUAUAUCCUUUGUUUUCUUCUAUUAAACAUACGAAAAUUUAAUGUAUUUAAUGAAAAAUAAAAGAUUCACUAUUAGCAAAAUUAAUUUUCAAAUUGUCGAUACUCGAACCGAUUUACUACUCGAUAUAGUACAGACAGUAAGCGAUUGUCGAACACUGUGCGUUGCCUUAUUUCACCGUUCAGUUGCUGUUAUUGACAUAUGUUAUUUACAUAUCAAUAUGGUUCGAUGAUACUAUAUACUUCGAUUAGUCAAUGUGUGUUUUCAUUUCGGUCUAAGAUUG